UGGAGUCAGUUUGCAUCGAAGGGAGUCAAGUUAAAAGCAGGACACUGAGCGAAGACUGGAUGUGUUUUGAUGUGUUUUAAGUCAGAAAUGUUUUACGUUUAACACUUGUGUGGUGUUACAGCGAAAGGGACAAGGUAAUUCUUCUGGUGGGGGAAAAAAAAGUCAUAAAAUGGAAUGUGUGUCGGCGUAGUCGACCCCCUUCAUGCUGCUGACUGAAGAGCUUCUACAGGAGAAGAGCAGCAAGCAUGGACGUGGAAGACUUUCCUCCCCCACCUCCUGAAAUGUUGGCAGACAACGUCACCUUUGGAGAUGAAGAUGAGGGCGAAGCCUUCGACUUUGACGACAGUGGAGAUGACAUCCCUGAAGCUGACCGCCUACCCCCCGCACCUCAGAACCAGGACAAGAUUAUGGCCAGUAACCCAGAGGGCCAUCUCUCCUGCCCAGACCCCCCAGCUCUUUCCAACACAUCCAACACUCCAUCAUCAGCAGACACAACAAUUGCCACAAGCAGAUCCUCCACAGCAGGUGGAUCAACAACAGAAGCAGACGUGACAUCUGCUGUUGAGGGGACUGAUGACAAGGAGGCAGAUUUACCACCACCCCCACCCCCUCCUCUUGAUGAUUAUGCAGAGACAGAUCCAGGAAGAGCAGCAGUCAGGGAAGGCCAGGAGGCAUCCAUCGAUGACCCUCACCCUCCACACCCGGCCGUCCCCUCCCAGGGCAAAGUCAACCCCUACUCUGUGAUUGACAUCACUCCUUUCCAAAUGCAGCAGCUUGAGCAGCAGCACGGACCUUCUUCCUCUGCCUCCUCGCCAAUGGAGCCCAAGGAACGUGAGGGGGAAGCCCAGGAUACCCACACCAGCCCUGUUGGCAUCACUUCGGGAUACUCAGUCCCAGUGCCCUGUGGCUAUGCGACCCCCUCUGGUGUGCCACUCAUCACACCAACUUACACCACGCCUGUCAUCAUUCGACACCUCUCCAUGGAUGAGGAUGUCUCUGUGGUUGGGACUGGCAGCACCUCUGUUGACAGUGUUUUCAGUGAAGAGUACCCACCUAUUAGAGAAGAAGACGCUUUGGCUAAAUGGGCGUCAGAUCCUGCCAACACUGCAUGGAUGGAAAAUCCAGAUGAAGUGAUUUACGAUGACGUGCCCAGAGAGAACUCUGACUCAAACACAGAUCCAGAUGAGAUGAUCUAUGAUGACGUAGAGCUUGGUGAGGAGGGUGGCUGCAACAGCUCCCUCGACAACGGCUGGAGCUCUAGCGAGUUCGAAAGCUAUGACGAGGCCAGUGACGGGGAAGGUCGUCCUGAGAAUGGCCUGCCCCAUGCCUUCAUGAGAGGAAAGCCACCCCAGAGGAAAACACAUCUCUCUCAAGAUCUGACACGCUUGAAAGAACACUAUGAGAAAAAGAUGAAAGAUCUAAUGGCAAAUACAGUGGGAACGGUAGAGCUGCAACAGCUUAAACAGAAACACGAGCAUAAGAUGCAAAAGCUGGUGAAGGCAGCCAGAGAAGGGACCAAAGAUGGACUUGAGAAAACCAAAGCUGCAGUAAAGAAGGGACGCUCCUUCAUCAAGACCAAGUCAUUCUGUAAUGAGAGGAAGUCAGCCUGUUUUGAGGAUGAGGAGUCAGAACUGUUUAUUGAGGUGGACUGUUUCAAUGUUGAGCCAGUACUGUGCCCAGCACCAGAGGGUCUUUCACAGCAACAGCUGGUGAGAAGAUGUAUAUUGGGAUCUAUAUUGGAAAGUGAGAAGAAUUAUCUUGAUGCACUGAAGAGGAUAUUAGAGCAAUACGAGAAGCCUCUGUCCCAGAUUGAGCCGAGGCUGCUGAGCGACAGGAAACUGAAGAUGACCUUCUAUCGCGUGCGUGAGAUCCUACAGUGCCACUUCCUGUUCCAAAUUGCCCUGGCGAGCCGUGUGGCAGAGUGGGAUAGCCUGGAAAUGAUCGGGGACGUCUUUGUUGCAUCGUUUUCAAAGUCCAUGGUCCUGGAUGCCUACAGUGAGUAUGUGAACAACUUCAGCACUGCAAUGGCAGUGGUAAGGAAGACGUGCGCCUCCAAACCUGGCUUCCUGGAAUUCCUCAAGCAUCGUCAAGAGACCAGCAGUGACCGGAUGACUUUAUAUGGCUUGAUGAUGAAACCUAUCCAGAGAUUCCCACAGUUUAUUCUGCUCCUUCAGGACAUGUUGAAGAACACACCAGUAGGUCAUGCAGACCGUCUGCCCCUGCAGAUGGCCUUGACUGAACUGGAAACACUGGCAGAGAAGCUCAAUGAAAAGAAGAGAGAAGCUGACCAGCGCUGCGAGAUCCGUCACAUUGCAAAGGCCAUGAACGAACGCUACCUCAACAAGCUUCUGAGUAAUGGCAGCCGCUACCUGAUCCGCUCAGACGACAUGGUGGAGACAGUCUACAAUGAGCGCGGUGAAAUCAUCAAAACCAAGGAGCGAUGCCUCUUCCUGCUCAAUGACGUUCUCAUGUGUGCCACGCCCAAUAUCCGAUGUCAGGAUGGCAGUGGGAGCGGCAGUGGCAAUGCCCCACUCGACCAGAAGUUCCUUCUGAAGUGGAGCGUACCAUUGAGCUUCGUGGAAGUGCUCGAGUUUGGAUCCAGCGAGGACAUGGCCGACAACAGCCACUACCCGACACCUCAUUCUGGGGAGAAGGUGGUCAUCAACGCAAAGCCAAACAAGCUGUACAUGGGCCCCGGUCAGUUGUACCAAGAUCUGCAGAACCUAAUCCAUGACCUCAGCCUGGUCAACCAGAUCUCCGGCAUGAUCAGCAGCCUCAAAGGCAACUACCAGAAUGUAAACCCCACAGUGGCCCAGGACUGGGUAUCAGGUCUUCAGAGGCUGAUACUGAAGAAGGAGGAGGAGAUCAGGGCUGCUGACCGGUGUAGGAUCCAACUCCAGCUGCCUGGCAAACAAGACAAGUCGGGUAAACCCACUUACUUCAGUGCAGUGUUCAAUACUCUCAGCCCGGCCAUCAAACAGUCAUGGAUCAGUAACUUACAGAUGGCAAAGCUGGCUCUAGAGGAGGACAACCUGCAGGGCUGGUUCUUUGCAGAGGAUGAUGGGAAUCAGAUAAAGAAACAGAAACACCCUCUCUUGCUCAGACAAAUGCCUGUAGUCAUGUCUAAACUACAGGAGUUCAAGGUGGAAUGUGCUGUUCAUAAUCCAGAGCCUCACAUCAACACAGAGAGCACAGCAGACACGCCCGUCGUGGGCCAUGGCUGCGUCUGGGUUGCAAGUUGCACCAACCAGAUGGGUCAGAUAUCCAUCGUGGCCAUGCAGAACUCCAGCCCUAAGGUGACCGAGUGUUUCAAUGUAGAGUCCCGUAUCCUCUGCAUGGCCUAUGUCCCUGCAGAGCAAUCCCACGAGAAUGGUGAGAAGGUCCCUGAAAACAACCAUGUCCCCACAGCGAAGGCCAGUGAUACCCCCAGUGUCUGUUUGGGCAUGGAAGAGGGCAGCAUCAUUGUGUAUAAGAGCAGCCAGCGGUCCAAGAAAGUGCGUCUGCAGCAUUUCUUCACCCCAGACAAGUCCACCGUCACCAGCCUGGUCUAUACGAAACAUUGUCUGUAUGCCGGCUUGGUCAGCGGCUCUGUGGCGGUCUACUCCAGAGCACAAGACGGUUUAUGGAGUUAUGAAAAGCCCAAGGUCCUGAAGCUGGGAGUCCUCCCAGUCAAGGCCAUGCUGGCUGUGGAAGAGCACCUCUGGGCUUCAUCAGGUGGACAGGUCUUCAUCAUUAGUGCCCGCACACAUUGCGUAGAGAGGCAGCUGGAGGCCCACCAGGAAGAGGGCAUGGUGGUGUCCCACAUGGUGGUGGCUGGUGUGGGCAUCUGGAUUGCAUUCAGCUCUGGUUCCACACUACGCCUUUUCCACACCGAGACCCUGGAGCACCUGCAGGACAUUAAUAUUGCCACACCUGUCCACCAUACAAUGCCUGGGAACCAGAGAGUGUCUGUGAGCAGUCUGCUGGUCUGUCAUGGUCUGCUGCUGGUAGGGACCAACCUGGGGGUGACUGUGGCCCUCUCUGUCCCCAGACUGCAGGGGAUCCCCAAAGUCACAGGUCGGGGGAUGGUGUCCUUACACGCUCACAAUGGACCUGUCAAGUUCCUCACCGUGGCUGCUGCGGUGUGUAACCGACCCUCUGCCCUGCCAUCAUCCACUUCUUCCACCUUAGUCCAGCCAACGGAGACAGAUGAUGGAGAGAACACGCAGCCACCUUCAGAUUCAGCCCUGACUCCCCCUCAGGGUCGGGGUGUGUGGUUGGGAGAGGCAGGCUGUACCACCAUGGCUCUCCAGGACUCCCUGUCCUCAUCCUGUGGCUCCCUAGCUCCAUCGCAGGGCUCUUUGGAGCAUGGGCCAGAGGACGGGGCCCUUUACGACGUGCUUCAUGAUCCGGCCCAUCACCAGAAGGGCCGCCGGGCCAGCAAGGUGGAUGUCAGCUCUUUGCUGGUGGUGUCUGGAGGUCUGGGACACCGCAAGGUCAACAAAAAGACCAAACAGUCUCGCCACGAGGACACCACCUCUACCAUCAUGAUCUGGCAGAUCCCGUUACUGAACAUGUGACACCAAAAGCACCUUGGAUUAAAGAGAAGUGCUGCACAUAACUGUCACAGGAGGAUCUGUUGAUACACUUCACAGAACAUUUGGGAUCAAUAAAAACAACUAAAUGUCUUAUUGAAACCAGAAGCGCAUUAAGCUUCUUCCACAAUACUCUGAUGUUGUUUCUAAUGAUGUAUCCUACCAUAAAAAAACAAAGGAUCAAUGUAACCACUCAAUCAUGAUGCUUGACAGCACAAAGAGCACCCUACAGACCAAUCAAAGGAUAUAUUGUAUUUAAAAACACUGAAAGGUCUUUACUUUCACCCUCUGAUAAAGUUGGUUGUUGUUCUGUAACAUGGUUAAUACAUAACUCUCCAGUGUUUGUGCCAUACCAGCUUACUGUAUAGGACUGCAGUAUUUAAAUCAGUGUUGAGAAGAAGCGAGAAAGGCGUGUAAGGUAACGAUGGGGCUUUGAAUCUGUUACAUAAAAGUUUUUUUUUAAAUCAAGAUUAGGAUUAGGUUUUGGCCACAUUUGAGAUCAUCUGUCAAGGCCAGAGUUGUAAAUAUGAAGUAUGACAACUCAGGAUUACAUUUGUAUGAGUUUUAUGGUCAGAGAACGUUUCUGUGUUUAUAUGGAAUCAAAUCCUUUUACUAUUGAACUAUUGAGCUCGUCCGCUGCUCCUACUAUUCUGUUAACAGCGAAAAGGGAUUAAAAAGGUGAAAUUUUGAUAACUGAAUUAGUUCGGGAUGGCUUGAUGAGAAUCCCUGGCUGGCCAGGUUUUCUAUUCAUAAAGGAAUUAAAGAGUAAUUAUCACCUGGAGAGAUUUUUUCCCCCCCUAUUGCAUUUUUGUGUCUCACAUGAGGAUAUUUAAAAAAAAUAAAAAUAAAAAAAUAAGACAAACAGCUUUAUACUUUUGUCACAUUUUGUAUGUACUUCUGUUACAUGUAUUAACAAAAUCAUAAACUGUUUUAUUGAGCAAA